AACCAUAAACAAUUUCAGUCAUUUCCUAUUGCAUGGUAUCUCACUUUUGUAGGCGCGGAUCUUGGGCACCCGUAUAAAGGUAACAAAUAGAGUUUAGAAAGAGAAUUAGAUUGGUUGAGAGGAGAAUUAGGCAAAAUUGGGUGAUUCAGAAUUUAAGGAUUAGGGUUCUUGAAAGAGACUAGAGAGAAGAGAGAUAAUUCUGACGAUACUUUGAUAGAUUUUCCAUUGACGCCCUUAAUAAUAGAACUGAAGUGCAUUAUAUGGACUCUGAUCCGAAAUCCUAAACGACUAAACCUAAUAAAAUACUAAACUACCCUUAAACCUACUAAUCGUACCCUCAACACUCACGCAUGGAUUUCUCAAUGUCAAUUUACGUGGUGAUUGUCAAACCCUUGUGGGACGUGUUCGGGAGAGGAAUGUGGCCCAUGGUUAGGGUGGUGCACUGCUGGAAGUGAUAUGAUCCCAAUUGGAUCAAUCGUGAAGUUGGAAUUGCUUGAGGAAGAAGGAAGUGGAGUUUGGAAGAAGAAGAAAGGAAUUUGGCUAAGUGUUGGGUCAGGUUUGAGGUACCUACUUUGGGAGCUCAUAUCUCCCAAACAAUUCAAUGAAAAUGUAAGUUUAAGGGCUCAAUGUGAACUUCAAGUCUUUAUAAUUCGAUUGAUAUGUCAUGGAGCUCGAGGAGAUGCCAGGAAGGAUGUUUAUCAAGUCUCACAAAAUGCUAUGAAGGAACCUGGAAACUGUCCAGAUUUGGCUAAGGCAGGAACUGAGUUCAAGAUGCUACCUUUGAAGACCUAUAACUUGAGUUUGAGAGAUGCAUUCGAGCUGAUUCAAGUUGGAGGAGACAGAGGAAGUUCCCUUCUACAACGACAAGGGAUUGGGUGAGAUCGAAUCAUCUAGGAAGACUAUUUUCGAGGGCUUCAAAGAAGCUACCUCGCACUGCCAGUAAUCCGAGUCCCACAAGGAUUCUUAAGUCUAUUCGGAUUAUGAUUGUAAUUCAGUUUCCUUGCUUAGUUAGGUUAGUUUCAAUCAUUAUUCUAGUUUGUUUGUAAUUGUGUAAGCCUAUAAAAGGCCUCAAACUCGUUUUGUAUCAUUCAGAUUGCAUUGAAUAAGAAAAACCCAAAAUUGAACAACUUGCGAGUUGAUCGUUGAGCUUAGGAUUUGGUUGCGAUCAAACCUAGGAACAUUGAGUCUAUUAGCCGAGUUUUCACCCUCAGUUACUCGAAGACAACAUUAUAUCUCGAGUGCUUCUUCCCAGGUGUGAAGAAACCCUCAGAUUUCAUCUAUUUUAGUGCUCGAAGCUAGCUACCUAGGCUGGUUUCGGAACUCUGUUUCGUCAGGAGCAAGGAAGAGGUCUGAUUCAAUUGAGUUGAGGCCUGUGCUGCGUUAAAUUCUGAUCUUACACCCUCCCAGGGCGUAUUAGGAAGAAAUUCAGAUAACUAUGUCAGCUUUUUCUACUUUUUUUAGUACUUUUACUCUUUGAUAGUAUAACAGGGUUGUUCAUUUAGUGGCUCAAAAAGUCUUUUUAUCGACAGUUCGAAUAUUUGUCGACUACCCCAAUUGGUAAUGUGAUGCUUUGCGACUAUCUAUUUUAACUUCAUAUCUAUGAGAAUUUUUUUUUUUUUUUUUUUUUGCUCUUGUGUGAGUUUUUGAUGGGUUCUUACAAUGAUGAAUGAUACAUUACUUAAAACCAAAAGGGACCAGUCCUGGCCAGCUGUGAGAAACGGCAGACGGAGGUCACCCAAAGAAACUACAAAAGAGGAAGAAAAGGAUGCAGAACAGAACACCGAGGUUGCCCAGCUACGAGGGCACACAAAAGCUCACAAGAGUACACUAGCACUCCAGGAGCAAUCCAAAUAAAAUACACCAGGCUGAUUAGUGAUUAGUAGUAUACAGCUAACUAGGAAAGACAAUUGUACCCGACUACCCGUAAUUGUAGGUAUCCGAUACUUCUCAGUUCAAUUAAUGAAGGGAAUUCCGUCUU